GGCGCCCCUGCGGGUCCCGAUUGCUGCAGCCGCUUGUCAGUGUGACGAAGAUUGGCACCGGGUUGACACGGCUCACCAUUAUGUGACGGUCGUGUGUAGCUCACAAUGAUGUCCUCUCAACAACUGACCAUGGAUAGUUACACCGAAGAACAGGAGAUCGAAGUGGUGACCCAGUUUAAGACCGAACAAGACCCUUCGUGUUCUGAGCCAACUCCGCAGGGUCCGGCGAGCGGAGACAACCCGAUGGAGGCCGACAAGCAGGCCAUAUACCGGCACCCGCUCUUCCCUCUCCUCGCUCUGCUCUUUGAGAAGUGUGAGGGUUGCACUCAGGGCUCCGAAGGCACGACCUCGGCCAGCUUUGACCUGGACAUUGAGACGUUUGUGAGGAGACAGCACAAGGAGGGGAAGGAUUUCUUCUCGGAGGACCCGGAGACAGACAGUCUGAUGGUGAAGGCGAUCCAGGUUCUGCGGAUUCACCUGCUGGAGCUGGAGAAAGUGAACGAGCUCUGCAAGGACUUCUGUAGCCGCUACAUCUCCUGCCUGAAAACCAAGAUGAACAGCGAGACGCUACUGAGUGGAGAACCCAGCGGGGCAUAUUCCCCAGUACAGAGUGGACUCGGUGGGGCUCUCAGCUCUCCGGGCAUCAUGGUUCCUGCGACUGCUCUGCAGCAAGGAAAUGUAGCCGUGGCCACCGUGUCAGGUAUGGGAAGCAGCCCGUGUCCCCCAAAGCCUGUAACGCAGCUCUCUCUCUCUAGCUGCAUCCGCCGUGUUCUCUCCCAAUUCCUAACGCUCUCUCCCCUUUCGCUGGUUUUAGGCGGUACCGUGUAUCAGCCGGUCACCGUGGUGACACCACAGGGACAAGUGGUCGCUCAGGCUUUGUCCCCCGGCACCAUUCGGAUCCAGAACUCUCAGCUCCAGUUACAGCUCAGUCAGGACCUGGGGCUCCUGCACUCAGAUGACGGCUCCGGAAAAAACAAGCGGGGCGUCCUCCCGAAACAAGCCACCAACGUAAUGAGGUCGUGGCUCUUCCAGCACAUCGGGCACCCCUACCCCACCGAGGACGAGAAGAAACAGAUCGCUGCGCAGACCAACCUCACCCUGCUCCAGGUUAAUAACUGGUUCAUUAACGCUCGAAGAAGGAUCCUUCAGCCCAUGUUGGACUCCAGCAGCACCGAUACCCCAAAAACCAAGAAGAAGAGUGGCCAGAGUCGUCCUGUGCAGAGAUUUUGGCCGGACUCUAUCGCGGGAGGUGGAUCUCAGCCUGGGGCUGACAUGAGUAUGUCUGAGGAUAAGGUGGUGACGCUGUCGGCCCCCAGCUCCCUUGGAGCGGACAGCCUGCAGUCGCUUACGUCAGAUGGAGCCACGUUUGCCGUCCAGCAGGUGUUGAUAGGAGGACAGAGUGACGACGACUCUCUGGACACGGAUCAGGAGGAGACGGACACGGGGCUGAGCGCUCGGGACCUGCGCGGACUGGUGCUGAGCGGUGGAGGGCUGCAGUGACAGAGCCAGGCUCCGUGCACGGCCGCGCAUGUUACUGAGCCGGUGGAACGGACGCUGGUCUGACGGCGGCGCUUUGUGGUUUCGGUGCCACGCGCUCGGUAUGGCAGUUUCUUGGCGCCUCUCGCUGUCAACCUUUCACUGGCAACAAAAUCUUUUGCACCUUAAAACAUGACUGCAAGUCGCUUCCAAGGAUUGACUGCCGAGCAGAGCCCCUCCCCCGCGCCACAAGCCGCCGGCAAGCCCACCAUGAACAGAGCCGAGGCGCUCUGCUGGGGGGGGGGAGCCCAGACGGGAUCACGAUUUUGUAUGAUAUUAAGCCGACUUCCAGGCGGAAAUCUGAUGCCAGGGUCUCCGGCCCGGGGGUCUCUGUCUUGGGGGCCCGGGGGGCCGUGCAGGGUCACACAGAGCACACGAGUGAUGUUUUACUUCCCCAAUCAUAGACCUGUAUUUUUGUAGCGUUGUGAGAGAAUAAACCUUGGAAAUGCCCGUAAUGAUGGCGGCGUCUCCCUCGGACGGGCGGCUCGGUGCCGGCGGCUCGGCGGGUUACCGGUGGGACUGGCUGCCAGCACACGCGUGUGGAUGUUUUCGUGUAUUAUACUUUUUAUGUGUUUUGCAAAUAUAAUGUUUUCCGUUGC